CCGUGUCCCCGGUGCGUGUGGCGGGGCGGUUCGCGGCGCUGCGGGCCCAGCCGGCCGCGGGCACGGUAAGCGGGCUGCCGGCCGGCGGCAGGCGCGGGAGGAGGCCGAGGAGCACGAGCAGGAGGCCGAGGCCGAGGAGGGGGCCCGCUGCCCGGCGCCCGCCUCCCGGUGCGGCGGGAACGCGGCGCCGCGUCUCCAUGGCGCCCUGAGCGGAGCGGCGGCCGAGUGGCAGCGCCGAGGCCGCGUCCCCGCCGCGGGCCGUGAGCGGGCCCCAUGCCGAGCACCUCGGAGGCGGCGGCGGGCGGCGGCGGCAGCGGCGGGAGCCGGGGCUGGGCCGGCGGCGGCGGCGGCGGCGGGGCGGAGGCGGGCGGCGACAAGAAGCGGCUGCACCACCGGCGGCGGAAGCGUUUCGCGGCCCAGCCGCAGCCGCCCCCCCCGCCGCCGCCGCCUGCCCCGCACCCGCUGCUGUUCCCGCUGCUGCAGCCGCCCCUCCUGCAGCCGCCGCUCCUGCAGCCGCCGCUGCCGCCGCAGUCGCUGCUCUUCCUGGCGGCCACCGGCGCCUCGUCGUGCUGCGGGGACGGCGGGGAGCGGAAGCGGCCGCGGGGCAAGCGGCGCUCGGGCUCCCGGCACAAGCGGCGGCGGGGCCGCGGCGGGGGCGGCGGCGGCGGCGGGGCGCAGGAGGCGGAGAAGCGGCGGGGCGGCGCGGGGCUCGGCACCCUGCUGGAGGAGUACGACGACGUGAGCUCCCAGUCCGAGGGGCUGGUGGGCGGCGGCGCGGCCGGAGCCGGCGGCGGCGGCGGAGGAGGAGGAGGCAGCGGGGCGGGGAGCCCGGCCUCCUCCCCCGGCGGCAGGCAGCGGGGCGAGGCGGAGAGGAGCAGCCGGUCCCGCCGGGAGCACCGGAGCAGCAGCGGCCGCUCCAAGGAGCGGCACCGGGAGCACCGGCGGCGGGGCGACGACAAGCCGCAGCAGGAGGGGGCGGCCACCUCCGGCCGCGGGGGGGCCGAGGCCGCCUCGUCGUCGUCCUCCUCCAAGUCCCGCAGCCGCCACAACCACACCGGUGGCCAGGACCGAGAGGGACUCAAGAGCAGCAGCAGCAGCGACCGCAGGAAGGGGUCCCUCGCCUCGCCCGGCAGCGGCAGGAAGGAACGGGAGAGCAAAGCCCACCGGAGCCGGACUAAAGCGACCAAGGAGCCGCCGUCGGCUUACAAGGACCCGCCAAAAGCCUACCGGGACGACAAGCCCGAGCCCAAAGCCUACCGGCGGCAGCGCUCGUCCCCCAGCCCCGGGCGGGAUGACAGCCCCCCGCUGCACCGCUCAUCGCAGAGCCAGCGGAGCCGCAAGUCCCUCAGCCCCGUGGGCGGCCGCUCGCCCCUCAGCCCCUACAGCCGCCGCCGCUCCCCCAGCUACAGCCGGCACAGCUCCUACGAGCGCGGCGGGGAUGUGUCGCCCAGUCCCUACAGCAGCUGGCGGAGGUCACGGAGCCCCUACAGCCCCGUUAUCCGGAGAUCAGCAAAAUCUCGAAGCAGAAGUCCGUACUCAUCAAGGCAUUCAAGGUCUCGUAGCAGACACAGGUUGUCUAGAUCCAGAAGUCGCCAUUCGAGUAUCUCUCCUAGUACAUUGACUCUGAAGAGUAGCCUGGCUGCUGAGCUGAACAAAAACAAAAAAGCAAGAGCUGCUGAGGCAGCUAAAGCCAGUGCAAAAGCUUCCAACACUUCAACACCUACCAAGGGAAACACUGACACUGCUGCAAGUGCACCUCAAGUGAACAAUGUAAAGGACCUGAAGAAAAUAAAAGUUGAGCAUGCACCUUCUCCUACAAGCAGUGCAAAUUUGAAGAAUGACAAGGCAAAAACAAAGGCCCCGCUUCCGGAAACUAAAGGAGAAAAUAAUUUAAUUGCAGACAAAAAUACUAAACAGAAAGCUGCAGCAGUAAAAGAGAAUAAAACAACCGUUGUAAAACAGCAGCCAGUCACUGUAAAAGAGAAAACCAAACCAAGUACACCAAGUGUAGUAACCAAGGAGAAGGAUCGCAUUGUUGCACUACCAACCUCCACACUGCCACCCUUGCCUUUGCCUCCCACGCUGCCUGAAGAUAAAGACACUGAUAGUAGUCUACGAGAGAAUCUUUCAGUGAAGACAGUUAAAGAAGCAGAGAAGAAACUUCGCCAUCUGCUUGCAGACUUGCCACUUCCACCUGAGUUGCCUGGAGGAGCAGAGUUAGCCAAAAGUCCUGAAGAAAAGAAACCAGCAGUUCAGUUACACAGCAAGAGAAGACCAAAAAUAUGUGGACCACGACAUGGUGAAACAAAAGAAAAAGAAAUAGACUGGGGAAAGCGCUGUGUGGAUAAAUUUGAUAUCAUUGGUAUUAUUGGUGAAGGCACUUAUGGGCAAGUUUACAAAGCCAGAGAUAAAGACACAGGAGAAAUGGUGGCACUAAAGAAAGUGCGUUUGGAUAAUGAAAAAGAAGGGUUUCCAAUUACAGCUAUUCGGGAGAUUAAGAUUCUUCGACAGCUUAAUCACCAAAGCAUUAUCAACAUGAAGGAAAUAGUGACGGAUAAGGAAGAUGCUUUGGACUUCAAGAAAGAUAAAGGUGCAUUUUACCUGGUGUUUGAAUAUAUGGACCAUGACUUGAUGGGACUGCUGGAAUCUGGUUUGGUUCAUUUUAAUGAAAAUCAUAUAAAGUCAUUUAUGAGACAGCUGAUGGAGGGUUUGGCCUAUUGCCAUAAGAAGAACUUUUUGCACAGAGAUAUCAAAUGUUCAAAUAUUCUACUAAAUAAUAGAGGGCAGAUAAAGCUUGCAGAUUUUGGGCUUGCUCGGCUGUACAACUCAGAAGAAAGCCGACCAUAUACCAACAAAGUUAUUACAUUAUGGUAUCGGCCUCCUGAACUUCUGCUUGGAGAAGAAAGAUACACGCCAGCUAUCGAUGUCUGGAGCUGUGGCUGCAUCCUGGGUGAACUUUUUACAAAAAAGCCAAUAUUUCAAGCAAAUCAAGAACUUGCUCAACUGGAACUUAUAAGUCGAAUUUGCGGGAGUCCUUGUCCAGCAGUGUGGCCUGAUGUUAUAAAAUUAGCUUAUUUCAACACGAUGAAACCAAAGAAGCAGUAUCGUCGAAAACUAAGAGAAGAGUUUGCUUUCAUCCCACCAGCUGCAUUAGAUUUGUUUGAUUACAUGCUUGCUCUGGAUCCCAGCAAGCGCUGCACAGCUGAACAAGCUCUUCAGUGCGAGUUUCUGCGAGAUGUGGAACCAUCUAAAAUGCCUCCCCCAGACCUUCCUUUGUGGCAGGAUUGCCAUGAGCUGUGGAGUAAGAAACGCAGAAGACAGAAGCAGAUGGGCAUGACUGAUGAUGCAACAGCAACUAAAGUCCCUCGGAAGGACCUGUCUCUAGGCAUGGAUGAGAGCAGAACCAACACACCACAAGGCAUGCAAACUUCUUCCCAACUCAAAACUCAGGGCAACUCUAGUGUAGCACUUGCAAAAACAAGCACUGGACAGCAGUUAAACCAGAAUGAAGUGGCAAUCCUGCUAAACCUGCUACAGUCUAAAACAAGUGUUAGUUUGGCACAGUUUGCCCAAGUGUUGAAUAUUAAGGUAAACCCAGAGACUCAGCAGCAACUAAAUAAAAUAAAUCUUCCUGCUGGAAUUUUGUCAGCAGGUGAAAAACAGUCAGAACAGCAGCAGCAGCCGCCGCCGCCUCCGCCACCACCACCGGAACAGGAGCCUCUAAAACAGACGACCGUCACGCAGCCUCCUGUGCCCCCUGCUCAACUGAGUCAGCCCAAAGUCGAGACUGACGCUGCCCAGGCAGCCGUACAGAGUGCAUUUGCUGUUCUGUUGUCUCAGUUAAUAAAGGCUCAGCAAACAAAACAGAAAGAUCUGGUGUUGGAGGAGAAGGAAAACGGAUCAGGAAAUGAAAUGUCGUUACAACUCAGGCAGCCUCCAGAGCCCACCACUCCUGCAUCUGUCAGCCGGGAUGAUGUGGAAUCGCCAGCACCCGGUUACCCGCACCUGAUCAAGUCACUGUACACGGCUGCUGCAGGUCCAGAGGAUUUGGUUAGGCAGUCUGAGAUGAGGCUUCUGAACCGAACACCCGAACAAGAACGCCCUCGGAUCUUGCCUCCAGACCAGCGACCCCCAGAGCCACCGGAGCCUCCGCCUCUCACUGAUGAAGAUCUUGAUUAUCGGACAGAGAACCAGCAUUUGCCUAUAAGUAACUCUUCAGGAACAGAUCCCCACGCAGGAGUGAAAGCAGCUCUUCUACAGCUGCUUGCUCAGCAUCAAGCUCAGGCAACGACGGAGGAGCCAGUACAAACGAGCGUGGAUUACCAGGCUAGAGACUCCUAUGUAACAGGCCCAGACUACAAGGAUAACUUUGGAUCGUCUACCUUCUCCUCUGCCCACUAUGGCAGUAGCGAUGGCAUAGGAAGCGGGUCAUCGGGAGCAUUAGAAAGGAGGAGCUUCCUCGGAAACUCGGAUAUUCAGCCUUUGGAUAACUACAGUACUGCUUCAUCUCACUCUGGUGGUGCCCCUCCUCCAUCUGCCUUUUCAGAAUCCUUUCCCAGCUCAGUAACUGGUUACGGAGACAUUUACCUCAACGCUGGCCCCAUGCUAUUCAGUGGAGAUAAAGACCAUAGGUUUGAAUACAGCCACGGCCCAAUCUCAGUCCUGGGGAGCAGCAGCGACGCUUCUGCAGGGCCAGAGAGUACUCAUCCUCUGCCCACCAAGAUGCACAACUACAGCUACGGAAGUAACUUACAGGAAAACCCUGGUGGCCUCGGCCACAUGCAUGGACAGACUUGGACUUCCCCUGCCCAAGGACCUGGCUAUUCCCAAGGAUACAGGGGACACAUUAGCACGUCUGCAGUGAGAGGGCGAGGCAGAGGAUUACCAUAUUGAGUAUCUGUUUUUCCUCAGGCACGUCAUUUUUAUCUGGAAAAACUUUUUUUUUCUAGCUGCAGUUUAAAGCAGCAGUUCAACAGACUUGAAUAAUGUUAAUUCAACAGCUUUAUUUUUAUGUGGAAAAGGGUCUUGCAUACAGUAGGAAAAAUUAAAAAUGCUUAAAACUCAUGCUGUCUGAAAACUAGAUGAAUUGAUUGUACAUGUUCACAAACUCUAGUUCUGAAUUUUAUUUUGUAUUUUGGCAGUUUUAAGUGGAUGCUAAAUUUAGGGACAUCAGCUUUUUAUGGCACUCUUUCAGAUCUUCUGAACUAUGCACAUUUGUGCUUUUUUUGUAAGUUUGGACCAACUUUUAUGUAAAAAAAAAAAAAGAUUUUACAACAAUCAAAGCAGGGCACUGAUUUAUUUGGUAUUUUUCUUUUUACAGAACUACCUUUAGUCAAAGGUCACUGUCAGUCUUUGCACUGCUUUCAGUGUUAUUGUGGAAGGUGUACUUUGUGCUCAUUUCAGAUAAUAAAACACAACCUUUCUCUUGAUGCAAAAUUUUAUAAAUAUUUGGUCAAUGUUAUUUUUUUCUUUAAAAAAAAAAAAAGAAUGGAUGUUCUGGUAAAAUGUUCUCUCCAUCUCCCAGGCUUGUUUAUAUAAAAACUGUUUUACUUGAAUGGUAAGUGCCUUAACAUGUAAGCUUAAGGUGGGCAAAAAUUUGGAAGUACUUUAUGAAUCGAUGCGAAAAUAAUACUUAAACCUAGGUAGUUGAGAUGAAAAUUCAAAUAAUAAUAAUAGGAAACUCAAAUAGGUCAUAACCUUGUGCUGUUUACUUCAUGUGGGCCAGUUACUUAGACCUAAUCUUAUCUUGAUGAAGUCAUAAUCUCCAGAUUGAACUUCAUAAGAAACUAUGAAAGUGAGGAGAAAAAUGAAGAGUAGUUUUUCCUCAGCUCCCCCUUGGAGUUGUAGAAAUUGUGUGACUUCCUCUGCCAAAUAAACUAUGCUUUAUAUGUCCUUACCAAGUGGUGAAAUAGUUUUUCAUCUUAAAUGUCAACAGCAGUAAUUACUUUACUUUGUGUGAAAAGCUGACACUGUCUUCUUUUUACCACAAAUACUGCAUUAUGGGAAGUAACCAAGGGCAAAAUGACCAGUAUUUAAAGCAACAGCAAAACAUUUUACACUAGCUCUAACGCUCUGUAAGCUUGUGAUUGUGCCAACUAAUCGUCUUUAUAUCUGCUGUUCCACUGAGCAUUUCAGUAUUGGAAUUGAGUCUCCUUCAACAACUGAUAAAAUGACUGUAGUUACAACUCUUAACCAAGAGCCACUCCUCAUUAAUUACAACGUCCAGCAUGUUUUUUUUCCUUCGACAUCAAGUGGUCCCUCUCCUGCAGAGAGGAAGUAUGGUUAUAUUUUGCAUGUACGUAAAAGAAUAUUUUAAAGCCCAUAUUGGAAACAAUUUUCCAACUGAUUAUCCAGUUGACAAAUCGGUACCUUAUGUAACUGAGUGUUUAAUUACUACUUUUUAAAAAGUAAAAUUUCUACUUACACUAUUACAAAUGUAGUCUCGUCGGUGACUUUUUGGACUUUCAGAAUAGAAGCCAAAGUUGUUGGUGUUUUCUUUUGUUUAGUUCAAAAUCCUGGUUGUCAUUUAUGGCUAACUACCACCUUGUAGAGCAUGGAAGAAGUCACUUUGCUAAAUACGUAGCAUUUGAGGAUCUGGCAGAUGAAAAAUGGAGAUGUCCCUGUAAGUCUUGCAGUUGUCUUUACUAGGCACAGGGGAAUUCUACCAUCUGAAAAUAAAAUCAACCUGGACAAAUACUUGUGACUCGAAUAGCCUGUGCUUAAAACCAGAAUUUCACAUGUGAGUGACCGUGCACUGGGUAGGUUUCCUUAAGUAAGGACACUCCUGCAGCGUUUUUCUGCUAGCAAAAUCUUAAAGGCAGAAAUCAUUAGUGUCAUUUAGGUACAGACAGUGUCAGCUCAGGCUUUUGUUUACUAAUUGAUAAAAACAUUCUCUCAGUGUUCAGAUACACACAUUUUUUUCAAAAUCAGGCUAGACUUUCAAAGCUCUUAGUUGUUUUCACUAAAAAAUUGCAGUCUGGUGUUACGUUACUGCAGUUCAAAUGUAAAUAUUUGCUAAAAAAGCAGGUAAGUUCAAAUGGAAGGUAGACCUCCAAGAGGACUAAGUGAUUUAAAUUUCAAUACAAAAAUAUAAGGAAAUUUUCUCCUGCUUUCCUCCUGGAGGUAAAUGUUCAAGUCAUUUAGUUCCCCUCAUUUAAUGCAGAGAAAUCAGUCUCCUCUGAAUGAGUAAGUGACUGCAGUUUGAUUACUGACUGGCAGUAGUCUGAUGUUGCAUCAUUCCACUGAAAUGGAUUUUAGUCUUCAGAUACAAGGAUGCCAACGCAAGUAUUCGUGCCUAUGGUGAAUACGAAGGAGAUGGAGUAGACAGUUGACUUCCAGACAUAUCAAAACCAAAACUUGCACACUGUUGCAGAUGUGUAUUGCACGAUGACUUUUUCCCAAAUUCAGUUUAAGGAUGACUAGCCUCUGACUGAAAACUAUAUUCCUGGGGCAGCAGUGUUGAGAAUAAUGUGGAGGGAAGGUUGACAUGUUUCCAUAUGUGAUAACUACAAAGAGGUUUUUCCCUUCUCUGCAACCCGGGGGAUCUUGGCUCUUUCACCAACUUGUUCUUCCUGGGCAGGUAGCGGCUGUGCAGUGGCUGCAGGCGGGUGUGCUCUGCCCUUCCUUGGCCUGGGGGCAGCCCGUGGCAGGAGGGUUUCUCCCUGUGGCCAUGCUGCCCUGGCCCAGGAGUUGCAUCUCAGCAGGUGAGCAGCCAGGGCAUGGGCCAGGCCUAUGGACUGCCGGUCCACGUUCAUUUGUACCGGGCCUGUGUGUUAUUUAUCAAAAUUUCCUUUAUAUUAAGUCACGAGGUGCUUAUAUCAGUUCAGAAUUUGACCUUUUUGAGCAAUUUUCACUCAGCAGAGUGAGUCUGUCCUAGUGUGACAUCUUACAUCGCGUGGCUGUUGCAUUUCUGAAGCAGUGGUAGGCAUUCUGAAAACCGCAUUAUUUUUCUGUGGAGCUGUGGCUUUUGUUACUUUUUCCCCCAUUCCUUUGGGUUUACGUUUUCUGUGCUGCAAUUCCAAAGUGUGCUACAGAGACCUGGACACUACAUCAGAAAGUAAGUGUUGUGUGUUUGUAUUUCUAAAUAAACAUAGCAAAAUACUAUAAUCAUGGACUAUCGAGUAGUGAGUAUUUCAUUAUUUAUAUUAAGUGGACUGUAGCCAUACCAAGAGGAAGAAUGUGGGCACAACUGGACUGCUAUGACUAUGACUUAAGACGCUUAGACUCGUAGAACACUUAAAAUCAGCCAAAGGAAGAGGAAACAGCUUUUAUCCCGGAUUGCUAGUUCUUGUUACCUGGAACAGAAGGAACGGUGUUUGGGGAGGGGUGUAAAAAUACAUGUAUCUUUAAAUGUUAAUAUAAUUUCUUGGAAAAGAAAUAUUAAACGGCAAACUUCUAUAUUUUCUUACAUUUCUGUAAAACUUGGUCUGUGUUAAAUCUUGACACGGUAGUGUAAAGUGCUUCAUGCCAGCAGAGGUGCCAAGCGCUGUAAUGUUAACUUCAAAAGGUCGGAGUGCUCUUCUUUUGCUUGGUGCUUGUUGCACCAGGAGGGGUGCUUGUUGCACCAGGAGGUUUUGGUGUGGUUGGAUCAGUUUAAUUGGUAACUGUGUGGUAAAAACCGAAGCACUGAAGUAACUUAUGUAGGAUACCUCUUGUCUGCAGGCAAAUUAGAUCUCAGACCAUGAAUUCCAUUUCCAAGAGAGAAAAUCUCGGAUGUAUUUCUUGCGUUCUUGUAGCUAAUAAGACGCGCAAGCAUUUUACGUAGCACAUUUUUCCAGGCUGUUCUGUUGCACUGGUUUUUUUAUAGGAGGAAAUUGGCUAUUUCCCUUCUUGAUAGUUGUGGGAUGUUCUUCAUACAUGGGCGUGUGUUAAGAAAUUAACGAAUCACAGAAAAGUGAUUUGAGUUCUGUAUUUAAAAGAUGAAAUGACCUUGGUUAAAGUUGAACUAACUUUUGCUUAUCAGGGUGAAGAAUACUUUAUUGCAGGAGUUAUUUCAAGACAGCCUAAUUUAAUAUAAUCAAACUGUUAUUCUUCAGCUUGCUUACUCUUUGUUAUUUUAAGCCAUCUGUAUAUAAAAUGUAUUGUGUGGCCUGUAAAUAAAAUACAUGAA